AUGUUCUUGCAACGCUCUGCUAUCGCUGCGGCUCGCCGCGCCGCCGUCACUCCGGCCAUUGCCCGCGGUUUCGCCACUUCCUUUGCUCGCCGUUCUGCUGCUUCUCCUUCAACCCCCAGCGAGCAGGCUGCUGCCCUUGCCGGCUCUGCCCAGAAGAAGGUCGGCACCUACAAGACUCUGUCUGAGGUCAAGGUCGAGGAGGACCUCGUCGGACCCGGUGGCCAGCCCGGCACUGUCCCCACCGAUCUCGAACAGGCCACCGGUCUCGAGCGUCUCGAAAUCCUCGGAAAGAUGGAGGGCGUCGACGUCUUCGACAUGCGCCCCCUCGACGCCAGCCGCAAGGGAACCUUGGAGAACCCCAUCCUGGUCCGCUCCGCCGGCGAGGAGCAGCUCGCUGGCUGCACCGGCUCUCCCGCCGACUCCCACGUCGUCAUCUGGCUCGGUCUGUCCAAGGAGCGCCCCAUUGAGCGAUGCCCCGAGUGCGGCAGCGUCUACAAGAUGGAGUACGUCGGUGCCGAGGAUCACCACGGCCACCACCACCACGCCCAGGAGAUCGAGGAGCCCAAGACUUUCGCCGACUUCGUCAAGCCCGAGUACCGCUACCGAUAA